AUGUUGAAUUACGGUAUAUUGUUGAUGUUACUUACUGUAGGCGCAUACUGUGACUUACUAUCAGAAGCUGGUGAUUUUUUUUCAAAGCAUUUUACCGAUUUCAAAUCACUUUUUGCAAACGAUGAAAAACAAUUAGAAACAAGUAUGGGUCGAGUGAAAAAUUUAUUGGCAACAAUUCAAGAUAAAAUGUCACUUUUAAAACCGCUAGCUGACGAAGCACAGAAGGGGACAUUGGAUAAAGUUGGCGAUCUAAUUUCUCAAAUUGAUGAUUUCCAAAAAAAUGUGUUUAACUCUAAAAUGGAUUUUAACCUGAAAGAGAAUAAUUGGGAGAAUCUUGUCAAGAAGAUUUUUGUUACCGAAGGUCUCAACAAAAUCUUACCACUACUGCAGAAGGUACAAAAUAGCGCGCCUGCAACAUUUGCAACCUAUCUGCUCAUCUGUAUUAUCCCUCUUUUGACCAAUGUUUUACGAGAGUAA